AUGGAACUAUCAAAGCCAGACUUCCACACUCUCACAAACUUCUAUUACGUGACUGGCCACCGUGCAUAUGGUACUUUGCCCGACCAUCUGGCAGAAAAAGGGUACAAGGAUCCCUCUGAUCCUGCUGACACAAUCUUACGGAAAUCUACUGGGCACACCGGAGACCUGUGGUCCUUUCUGAGCGGGAAUCCGAAAAUAGGUGAGAUGUUCAAUAUCGUACAAAAGGCGUCCACCAACAAAGAGCCACCGUGGAUGGAUAUGUACCCUCACCGUAACUUGGUUGAUGGAUCAGAUUCAAGCCUUCCACUUCUUGUCGAUAUUGGCGGCGGGAUUGGGCAUGAUCUCUUACGUUUUUACAAAGCUUACCCCAACGAAGGCUCGAGGUUAUACCUCGAGGAUCUCCAAUCAGUCAUUAGUGACGCGAAGGAUAAAGCGCUCCUUCCCAACACGGUAAAGCAGGUGGAAUACAGCUUUUUCGAGCCACAACCAGUGAAACACGCUCGUGCAUAUUACAUGCACCAUAUAAUCCAUGAUUGGCCCGACCAUUCGGCCCUGAAGAUAUUAGAGAUGCAGAAAGGCGCCAUGAAACCUGGCUACAGCAGAUUGCUCAUUCAUGAUCAGGUCUUAGACGACGAAAAGAGCCAGAUGAAUACCACAGCAUUUGAUAUAGCCAUGAUGGUGUAUCUAUCUGGGAAAGAACGCACUGAAAAGCAGUGGAUGGCUUUGCUUGACUCGGCCGGUCUCAGAGUCAUCAAGUUUUGGAAGAAGCCACCAGACUACUUCAGUGUUAUCGAAGUUGAGAUUUCAGCUUCCUAG